AUGCCUACAUCGAUUGCUGCAAAUAACACGUAUUGUGUCACCCACCUAUUCGAGCCAUCUUCGGUAACUCAUUAUGAUACUCGUUUCGAUUCGACCACCUACCAUCCCACCCCUUGCCACGCGACUGCGAUCGAAACUCCCUUGAAUAUCGGGCAGUUGGAACCUGGGCAGUCUGUUCUCAUCCACUCGGCAGCUGGUGGUGUCGGCCACGCAGCUAUUCAGCUUUGCCAAAGCAUUGGAGCCAAGAUUUUUGCCACGGUGGGUAAUCAGGCCAAGGUCGAUUAUCUAGUGCAGACCUUUGGCAUUCCGAGGAACCACAUAUUCCACUCUCGGGACGAGUCCUUUGCGGUCGGCCUCCUGCGCGAGACAGGCGGCCACGGCGUCGACAUGGUCCUGAACUCGGUGGCGGGCGAGCUCUUGCACGCUUCUUGGGACUGUGUUGCCGAGUUUGGCAAGAUGAUUGAGCUUGGAAAGAGAGACAUUGGUGAAAAUGGCAAGCUCGGGAUACGGAACUUCUUGGAGAGUAGGUCGUAUAGCGCUGUGGAUCUGACACACCUCGCUCAAAAACGGCCACGACGUGCACAAGCACUCCUUAAGCAGUGUGUGGACUUGUACGAAGCCAACAUGAUUGGGCCCAUACACCCCAUCCAAGCAUUUGAGGCAGGGGCUGUCCAAGAUGCCUUUGGGAUGGUGCAGGACAGCAGCCAUAUCGGCAAGGUGGUUGUGCGCAUGCCAACGGAUAGCUCUGAACUCGUCAGCUCUGCCCGAGCCACAGAGGUCCGUCUCAAGAGCGACGCGUCGUACCUGCUGACUGGUGGCCUCGGCGGGCUGGGCAAAGCGAUCUCGACAUGGCUCGUGGAGCGGGGAGCAAGGUCCUUGGUGUUCCUGUCCCGUAGCGCAGGCCAGAAAGCGGAGGAUGCGGCCUUUAUUCGGGAGCUGGAGGCAUGUGGUUGCUCUGUGGUCACGGUGGCCGGCCAUGUCGAGAGGAUCAUCCACCUGGCCAUGGUUCUCCGUGACUCGGCCAUGGCGACCAUGGGGCAUGGCGACUGGGUGGUAGCGAACAGCCCCAAGGUAACGGGUGCGUGGAACUUGCACGAGGCGCUUCAAGAGGAAGACGCCGACUUUUUUGCUAUGGCUUCAUCGCUGGUGACGGUGGUGGAGCAGCCCGGGCAGGGAAACUACAGCGCGGCCAACACCUUUCUCGAGGCCUUUGCCCAGUACCGGCGCAUGCUGUCGCUGCCGGCUUCGGUGCUCAACAUCUGCCCCAUUAACGGCAUCGGGUUUGUGGCCGAGAAUGCGUUCGCGCGCAAGAACAUGAAGGCACAGGGGCUCUGGUUCGUGGGCGAGGCGGAGCUGCUUGACUUUUUGGAGCUAGCCAUCAGGCUGUCCCCGUCAACCUCUGGCUGUUCGGCCUGUGGCUGGACAAGCACCGGUCAGCUCGUCAUGGGACUGCGCGGGGAGGGCAAUCUGAACUCGACCGACUCGAGGACCAACUGGCGACGCGACCGACGCAUGGGCUUCUACCACAACGUGCGAGAGGAGAGUACCACCAAAUCAUCUUCUUCGUCAUCGGCCGAGCUGGUCGCCUUCCUCAAGGCGGCGGCUGACAAUGUCGACGUGCUGGACGAACCCGGCAGCUCGGCGUACCUGGCGCGCGAGGUUGGGCGCAAGACGUUCAGCCUGAUGCUCAAGACGGAGGAGGACCUGGACCUGACCCUCACGCUGCAUCAGAUUGGGUUGGAUUUGCUGAUGGCCAUCGAGUUGCGUCGCUGGUUGAAGCAAGCAUUUGGCUUGGACAUGAGUGUGCUGGAGAUUAUGGCCCAGGGCACGCUCGAGGCUUUUGGAUCCGUCAUUGCAAAGGCGCUGAAGGAGAGGUUUAGAGGUGCCUAA